AUGACAUCGAACCCUUCCCUCCCUAACCCGGAACAGUAUAUGCAUACAUCUGGAGCCAAUGAUCCUGUCUGGAUCCAUAAGCACCCUUACAAUCAGAUCCCCACCUUCCCUCCCUUAGAUCACGACCUAACCACAGACAUCUGCAUCAUUGGCGCCGGUAUUUCCGGAAUUCAUGUCGCGCACGAACUCGUCGCGCGCGGACACUCUGUGGUCUUAUUGGAAGCCCGCAACCCCCUCUCCGGCGAAUCUGGCCGCACUUCGGGCCACCUCACAAACGACCUUGACGAUGGUUAUCUCGCGAUUGCCCAAAAGCAUGGAGAAGAAGGGGCAAGACGGGCGGCAGAAAGCCACGCUUGGGCACGGGACCGCAUUGGCGAGAUUGCCAGAGAAGUUGGGGUGGAGUGUGAGUACCGACGGGUGAGGGCGGUAAAUGUGAGUCAGUAUAUACGUGGCACGGAGGAGUGGGAGAGGGAUAUGAAGGAGAUGAAAGAAGAAGUUGAGCUUAUGAAAAAGUUGGGAAUCGACGCACGAUGGGAGGAGGAUCUGGCUGUGAAGGGGUGGGAGGGGGGGUUGGAUCAACGUGGAGGCAUGGUGGUGGAGGGGCAGGCAACGUUUCACCCAACAAAGUAUCUUACCGGUGUGUUGGAAUGGUUGAAACAGCAGAAAAAUUUCCAGUGUUUUUCAAGGACGAGGGUCGUCGGCAUUCAUGAGAAGGGCGUGGAGAUGUUAGGGAUGGGGCACAAGCAUGCGGAAAUUGAGACCGAAGCGGGGUAUAAAAUUCGGUGUGAGGCAGCUGUGGAGGCAACGAAUAUUCCUUUGCAGAAGUUGAGCGUUAUUGCCGAGAUGGAGUACAUGCAACAGUACAAGUACGUUCGACUAACGACAUGCGAUGAGAGUCAUGAUUACCUUGUGGUGGGGGGGUGUGAUCACAAGGUUGGACAAGAAGACACUCUGCCGCGGUUCAAGGAGUUGGAGGAGUGGACAAGAGAGAGGUUUCCGCAGGCAGGGAGCGUGGACUACAAAUGGAGCGGGCAGAUUAUGGAGCCGGUGGACUACGUUGCCUUCAUAGGCAAGAACCAAGGCAACGACAGGAUCUUCAUUGUCACGGGAGAUUCCGGCGACGGUCUGACGCAUGGUGUCAUCGCCGGGAGGCUGAUCGCGGACGAGAUCGACGGCGUGCCGAACGACUGGGCGGGACUGUACAGUCCGAAGAGGCUGGGCAGCAUUGCAAAGAGCCUGCCGCACAUGAUUAAGCAUGAUGUGCAAAUUAACCUUCAGUAUAAGCGUUAUUUGGAGACGGAUAUCAAGGAUAUCGAGGAUUUGGCCCCGGGGCGUGGAGGGGUGUUGAACUCAGCGACGGCGAAACCACUGGCAGUGUACAAAGAUCCUGAUGGCAAGGUGUCUAAGUACAGCGCACUGUGUCCGCACAUGAAGGGAGUAUUGUGCUGGAAUGAUGCCGAGAAGAGCUUCGACUGCCCGGUGCAUGGGAGCAGGUUCUCGAAGGACGGGAUUUGCAUUAAUGGGCCGGCAAAGGCGAACCUGCCGCCGGCUGAUGAAGCAGGGAAGAAGGAUCAAGAGUUUGCGAUGUGA